AUGCAUCUCGUUUUGAUUUUGACAGACCAGCAGUAUUCCUGGUCACCUUCUCAGCACUUCAAUGAGGACAGAUACUCUCCUGCACCAAGGAGUAUGAAGGGUCUAUCUGGCAGCCGAACUCAGCCACAGCUAAGUUCAGGACACACUUGUGGCUUAGCGGAAUGUGAACAUUCCCACGACCAUAUCCACCAUGGGCAGGACUCGAGGCAAUCAUAUUUACUUAGCCCUACGGACAGCUGCCAAAUGGACCACCAUCGCUGCUCGCCUCGUAGCUCCGUCCACUCAGAUUGCAUGAUGAUGCCUAUGGUGAUGGGAGACCACAUCUCAAGCAGCACUUUCCCAAGAAUGCACUACAGCUCUAAUUACGACACCAGGGAUGACUGUGCCGUGUCACAUGCCGGCAGCAAGAUUAACCGAAUCCCAGCAAACCUCUUGGAUCAGUUUGAAAAGCAGCUGCCACUGCACAGAGAUGGCUUCCACACCCUGCAGUACCAGAGAACAUCCACCACAGAGCAGCGCAGUGAAAGCCCUGGAAGAAUACGGCACCUUGUCCACUCAGUCCAAAAACUGUUUACAAAGUCUCACUCUUUGGAGGGGUCUUCAAAAAGUAACAUGAAUGGAACUAAGGGAGACAGCAGAGGUGACAGCCACCAUCACAGUCACCACUCGAAACACAGUAAAAGGAGUAAAAGUAAGGAGAGAAAGCCGGACUCCAAGCAUAGAUCAGGUAUGGGCUGGUGGAGCUCUGAUGACAACCUGGAUAGUGACAGCACUUACAGAACACCGAGUGUCAUGAGUAGGCAUCACAUUGACCAUAUCAGCCACUGUUACCCGGAAUCUAUGCAAGGCCACUUUGGAGACUUUACCCUAAAGACUUCAAAAAGUAACAAUGACGUUAAAUGUUCAGCCUGUGAAGGGCUGGCCAUGGCACCUGAAGGAAAGUUCAUGAAAAGGAGCUCAUGGUCAACUCUAACUGUGAGCCAAGCCAAGGAGGCUUAUCGCAAGUCAUCACUACAUCUGGAAAAGCCAAUGAUGCAUCAGGAUAUUAAACCAUCCCUGAGGCCAUGCCAUUACCUACAG